AUGGAUCCCUUUUGGCAAGGUCCCUCAUCAAACAUGUCCAGAUCGCUUGGCAACACCAGCAUGUCCCCCAACUCCAACGUGGGUAACACAACCAGCACCAGCGCCAACACCAGCCUUUACACUGAAGCCAAUCUCUUGGACAUCCUCGGCCCCAAACGCUCUCCCUUCUUCCUCCCGGUGGCCGGCGUCUACUUGGUCAUCUUCCUGGUGGGCUUGAGCGGGAACCUUCUGACAUGCGCUGUGGUAGCCAAACACAAAAAGAUGCGCAACCCGACCAAUUUGUACCUUGUUAGCUUGGCUUUAUCUGACCUUCUCAUGCUGGUCUUCGGGAUGCCCAUGGAGAUCUACGACUUGUGGCAGAACUACCCGUUCCCCUUCGGCGCCGGCGGUUGCUACUUCAAGACGUUCAUCUUCGAGACCCUCUGCUUUGCGUCCAUCCUCAACGUCACGGCCUUAAGCGUGGAGCGAUACAUUGCCGUAGUGCACCCUCUCAAGACCCGCUAUCUAACCACCAAGAGGCACGCCAAACAGGUCAUCGGUGCCGUGUGGGCGGCAUCCAUGGUGUGCGCCAUACCCAACACGUCCCUGCACGGUAUCUUCUACCUCCCGGGCUACAUGAGGGAGUCGGCCAUUUGCAUCAUACUAAAACCAGUGUGGAUGUACGAGACGCUUAUGCAGAUCACCACCGUCUGCUUUUUCUUCAUCCCCAUGAUGGUAAUCAGCGUGCUCUACCUCGUGAUGGGCAUGCACCUGGGCAGGGAAAGAAGACAGAGGCAAGGCUACUUUGGGAAGAAAUUGGUCAGUGACACCCGUGUGAGCGUCCACAAUGAGGGCGGUCGGCGGACAAACGUCGUCAAGAUGCUCUCCAUCGUGGUGGCAGUGUUCGGCGUCUGCUGGGCGCCUUUCCACAUGGAGCGUCUGCUCUGGAGCUCCGUGCGCCAGUGGACCGACCUAAUGCGCAACAUCUACCAGUACGUCCACAUUCUGUCGGGGGUCCUCUUCUACCUCAGUUCUGCCGUCAACCCAGUCAUCUACAGCCUGAUCUCCACACGCUUCAGAGAGUGCUUUCGAGACCUCGUGUGCUCACGGGUCGGCGCACCCGACUCUCCGCCGCCCCCGAAGGGUUCGCUGGUCCUCUCCACCUCCAGGGUCCAAACCAGAGUUUAG